AUGGCCGAAGUCCACGAUAGAGUUAAAGAAUAUAAUGAACGAAUACGAGGAAAAAUGAAAAUGGAGUAUGACAGGCGAAAUAAGGUCGACAAUAGCAAGCAUCCUAAAGUAGGAGAUAGGGUCUAUAUGUUGUCUCCAAAAGAGAAGGCGAUGAGCGCUCAUCCAAAGCUGACCUGUGAUUGGGCUGGACCCUUCCGAGUGAUAGAGGCGAGUGAGAACUCGGCGGUCAACAGUAGAAUAGGGGAGAACGUAGAGCCCAUACGUGUGCAAUUUGACAUGUUGAGGAUUGUACCGCCCUAUAUUUCCAACGAUCUUAUCGAUACAGUAACCAGUAGAGAGGCGCCGAAAUCCGCGCAAAGAGCGACAAAGGUCAUUUGGAAUACACUUGUGGAAGAGGGCUGCCUGAAUGACGUGAAACUCGGCGAGCUCGCAGGAAUCCAGUUUCCAGGAGCAUUUUCGCAGAAGCCGAUGGGGUCGCUGUGGAAUGCAUGGAGAGCGGCUAGCAUAUCCAUUCGCAUGGACCUGGACAUGGCGUCGAAGAUAAAAUUUUGGAAGGAUGGCGCAGUAUGUCUCGAUGAAGAGGCUCUACAGAUUGUGCUGCGUGUCGCGUAUUCAAAGUGUCUUGAUUGGACCGAAUUCGUUUGUAUGACGGACGGCGUCAGGAAGCACGAGAAGAUUGAGUCGUUUGGAUUCGAAAAAACCUAUGACUCCGCCCUGAAAAAGCUGAAAAAGGAGCUCGAAGAGGAGGAAAAGAAGAAACGACAGAUAAAACAAGGCCCAACGGCCUUCGCAGCUCUAGCAAGUGCUGCGUUACUCGAGAAGGACGGGCCAAAAAGGGGAAUAACGACGAGAGUUGCAACUUCGUUCAAGCAGCUUCGGGAGAUCCUGACGGAAUGGACAACGCAUGCCAUUUGGAUCACUGUGUGGCGCAAAGAUAAAAAUUUCAAGGAGGAGGAAAUCUGUGAAAUCGUUAAGGCACGCGGGCAGCAUUUGGCCGAAGGAGGACAGGUGGUAACUGCAUGGCCUCCGGUCAUCGAGAAAAAUGUGGAAAAUCGGAAGUCGAUGGUGGAAAUAUGGUCUAUGUUGGAUGAGACCAUAAAGAGACAAGGCAGUUCUAUAGUGCGGCAGGCACAAAGGUAG